AUGUUUGCCGCUCGUCAGUCCUUCAACCUCUUCCAGAAGCGCGCCUUCUCGGCCUCCGCUAGCCAGGCCUCCAAGGUCGCCGUUCUCGGCGCUGCCGGUGGCAUUGGCCAGCCUCUGUCCCUGCUGCUGAAGCUCAACCCCCGUGUCUCUGAGCUCGCCCUCUACGAUAUUCGUGGUGGACCUGGUGUCGCGGCUGACCUGAGCCACAUCAACACCAACAGCACCGUCACCGGCUACAACCCUGAUGCCGCUGGCCUGCGCGACUGCCUCAAGGGCUCUGAGAUCAUCCUCAUUCCCGCCGGUGUGCCCCGUAAGCCCGGUAUGACCCGUGAUGACCUGUUCAACACCAACGCCUCCAUCGUCCGCGACCUCGCCAAGGCCGCUGCCGAGGCUUCUCCCGAGGCCAAGAUCCUGGUCAUCUCCAACCCGGUCAACUCCACCGUCCCCAUCGUCGCUGAGAUCUUCAAGUCCAAGGGCGUCUACAACCCUAAGACCCUGUUCGGUGUCACCACCCUGGAUGUCGUCCGUGCCUCGCGCUUCAUCUCCCAGGUCCAGAAGACCGAUCCCUCCGGCGAGAAGGUCCCCGUCGUCGGUGGCCACUCUGGUGUGACUAUCGUCCCUCUGCUGUCCCAGUCCGCCCACCCCUCCAUUGCCGGUGAGGCCCGUGACGCUCUCGUCAACCGCAUCCAGUUCGGUGGUGACGAAGUUGUCAAGGCCAAGGACGGUGCUGGCUCUGCCACUCUCUCCAUGGCCAUGGCCGGUGCCCGCUUCGCCGAGUCCCUCCUCCGUGCCGCCCAGGGCGAGAAGGGUGACCAGGGUAUCGACUUCUUCGCCUCCAAGGUCGAGCUCGGCCCCAACGGUGUCGAGAAGAUUCACGAGGUCGGCCAGGUUAACGAGUACGAGCAGAAGCUCCUCGACGCCUGCCUUGUUGACCUGAAGAAGAACAUCCAGAAGGGUGUUGACUUCGUCAAGGCCAACCCUUAA